CGGCUUGCGACAUCUUUAGCAUUGUGAGUGAAGGAGUGAACAAGCGAGCAGCAGUAACGCGGUGUCUAAUGCUGGCUCUGCACAUUCUCCCCAUUCGCCAUGGCCUGGACGAAGUACCAACUCUUUCUGGCUGGUUUAAUGCUCACUACGGGCUCCAUCAACACUCUGUCUGCAAAAUGGGCUGACAUGUUUUCUGCUCCUGGUUGCUCUGGUGCCCCUGAUCAUAGCUUCUCGCAUCCCUUCUUGCAGGCCGUGUUCAUGUUUUUGGGCGAGCUGAGCUGCCUCGCCGCUUUCUACAUCCUCAUCUGCCACGACCGGCGCAGACCGACGCCCACAGUAGAGCCAGGUCAGAGCUUCAACCCCUUCCUGUUCCUGCCGCCCGCUAUCUGUGACAUGGCAGGAACGUCCAUCAUGUAUGUCGCACUGAACAUGACCAGUGCCUCCAGUUUCCAGAUGUUACGGGGAGCGGUGAUCAUCUUCACCGGCCUGCUCUCGGUGGCUUUCCUGGGUCGCCGGUUGUUGGCCAGUCAGUGGAUCGGGAUUUUUAUCACCAUCUUGGGCCUGGUGGUGGUCGGACUCGCCGAUUUCGUGAGCAGCAACAGAGAGGACGGACACAAGCUCAGUGAUGUCAUUACAGGUGACCUUUUGAUCAUCAUGGCUCAGAUCAUCGUGUCUGUACAGAUGGUCCUGGAGGAGAAGUUCAUUUAUAAGCACAACGUUCAUCCUCUGAAGGCAGUCGGGACCGAAGGCUUUUUUGGUUUCGUGAUCCUGACCAUCCUCCUCAUCCCGAUGUUCUACAUCCCGGCUGGGAGCUUCGGCAGCAACCCGCGGCAGGUCCUGGAGGACGCGCUGGACGCUUUCUGCCAGAUCGGCCACAAGCCGCUCAUCAUACUGGCGCUGGUGGGCAACACGGUGAGCAUCGCGUUCUUCAACUUCGCCGGCAUCAGCGUGACCAAAGAGAUCAGCGCCACCACGCGUAUGGUGCUGGACAGCCUGCGUACGCUGGUCAUCUGGGUGGUGAGUCUGGCGCUGGGCUGGGAGUCGUUCCACGGCCUGCAAAUCCUCGGCUUCCUCAUCCUGCUGCUGGGCACGGCGCUCUACAACGGACUCCACAAACCCGUGAUGGCCAGGCUGCCCUGCUGGUCUGCAGAGCGGGAGACGGAAACGGACGACGCAGACGAGAGAGAGAGACUGCUGGGCACAGGAAGAGCUGCACAGGAGAGCUAACGAUGAACGCACAACAAAACGUGUUCCAGAUUCUGCGUCAGCGCUCUCUGUGUUGGUCGAGCACUGAACUGACUCGAUACGUGUAGACGUCCAGGGAACGUGUUUGACGUCUCUGGCUUUUGCGUUUUUAACUAUAUUUUUUUCCCCCUUACAAAUCAUUUGACCAGUACAACUGACACUAGAAGAGGAACGUGAGGGCUGAUGUCGCAUGAUCGCUGCCUUAAGGGCACUGCACAGUCACAUUAUUGAUUUGUUUUUUUUUAAAAAAAAUUUAUUUCUCAUUAUGCAAUAACGGUUUAAAAAGGGAUGCUGAAAAUUUUAAAUCAUAUUUUUAAAAUAAUAUUUGACAUUUUUUAAAUGUGUUUUAGUAUCCUAGAGCAGGGGUUCCCAAACUUUUCCAGGGCAAGACCCCCCAAAUGUCAUUAACAUUUGACCGAGGGCCCCCUUUUGCAAGAUGUCUUUAAAACACAUUAAAAAUACAGACUCCUGAAUAUAUCCCCCUUUUUUUAAUUAAUAAUUACAUCUUACAUCUUUACCUUACAUUACAAUUAGGAAUUGAUUGUGUGUGUGUGUGGUUGUCUCAGUGACAAAGAGAAAACAUACUAGUGGGAGGGAUGGGCUUGGUGGCUCCGACCAAAUUAUUGAGGCCCCCUGGCGCCCCCUGGCGGCCCCCACUUUGAAAACCACUGUCCUAGAGGGCAAAAACGCUUAUUACAUUUUAAUAACAGUGUGCUUGUUUUUGGCCAAUAAUCUUUUUCUGUUGAAAAUGUGGGCAUUUUUAUUUUCUAGGUAACUCUUUUAACUUCAGGUGUAUUAUAAAUGUAUUUUAUAACAGACGGUCCUCAGUGUAUCAGUCAGUAUAACAGUGUCGACUGUAUUAGAUAUUAGAGAUAAAAAAUAGAGGUGAAACGAUGAGAUCCAGUCAUUAUCAACAUCUGCUCUUGAAUAAUGUCUGUGUUCAGUCACCCGAAUAUCAACGGCUUUAAUGUGUUUGGUGCGAAUAUCUGUUUUAAUUAAAUCGCCUGUUCAUUUUUC